AUUUAGACAUUAAUUCGGUAUUCUACUGAUAUUUUUGUUGUUUUUUAAUAGAAAUAUGUUUUUUCUUUACUUUACAUAAGUAACAAAUAACAAAUUAACAUUUUUUUUGGUGUAUUUGGUGGCCCCUAUGGAGGACAGAUUUGGUCGAGGCCCUAGGCAAAUGCCUAGGUUUGCCUAAUUAAAGAACCGCCUCUGGCGCUCUACAGUGUGACAUAUUUCAUCUAAAAUGUACAAAAUAUGAUAAACUAUAGUUUGGUCAUUUGGAGAGCUGUCAUUGCUGCUCUGGGUCGGUAGAUGGCACUAGUCCUACACUGCUUAGGCAUGCUCUUUAUUUUCAGGAUGGAAAGAAUGGAAAGUUUCAGUUUGGGGUUAAAGACUGGGAGACAGUGGUGUCUGAUGUUUAAGCACACAAACUUAUUCUCUCUCUCUCUCUCUCUCUCUCUCUCUCUCUCUCUCUCUUUCUGUCCUCUAUUAGUGGGAGAAUAGAGAAACUGGGGCAGUAAGAAGUGUGUCAGGCUCUUGACUUCUCAUGUAUCUCUGUUUACAUCUGUGCAUUUGUUUUCUUUGGGGUUUUUUGCCUUUUCUUUACUGAAAUUUAACAGUCAUUCCCAUUUUACCACUACUGGAACACUGCAAGCAUCUGCUUUUUUGUUUCUGCAAGACUUCACCAACCAUAAAAGCUUAAUGGACCUUUAAAGUCACACUGAAGAGUUUCCUUUUAAGGAUGGUUUAGUCAGAUAACUCUUGCCACUCUUCAACAAGGAUUACCUGCAGAAAGAAAAAACACUGUCUUUGGCUCUUAUCUUCAUUUUUCUUCUCAUGAUUUGAGCUCUGGUUUUGCUCCAUUGCUGACUGAGUGCUUAGCUGCUGAGCAUCUCACCAGGACCAUGGCUUACAGUGUGCGGAAGGGCUGGUGGAUAGUGGUGUUGCUGUAUUUCAUGGUGGUGUGGAUUGCAGAUGGGAAUGGAGGGUUAUCUCCAGAGAAGGAAGCUGCAGCCCCUUCCUGCUAUGGAGGUUUUGACCUCUACUUCGUACUGGACAAGUCUGGGAGUGUACAGCAUCACUGGAUCGAGAUCUAUAACUUUGUGGAACAUCUGGCACACAAGUUCAUAAGUCCACAGCUACGAAUGUCCUUCAUCGUGUUUUCCACUGAGGGCAGGAUCCUCAUGCGGCUCACAGAGGACAGAGAAAAAAUUCGCAAAGGUCUGGAGGAGCUCCACAGAGUUCAGCCAGGAGGAGACACAUUCAUGCAUGAGGGCAUUCAAAGGGCGAGUGAACAGAUUUACUACGGGAACUCUGAGGGUUACCGCACAGCUAGCGUCAUCAUCGCCCUCACAGAUGGAGAACUGCAUGAGGAUCUCUUCUACUAUGCAGAGAGAGAGGCCAAUCGCUCCCGGAGUCUAGGAGCCUCUGUCUACUGUGUAGGAGUGAAAGACUUCAAUGAAACACAGCUUGCCAAGAUUGCAGACAGCAAAGAUCAUGUCUUCCCAGUGAAUGAUGGAUUUGAGGCUUUGCAGAGCAUCAUUGAUUCAAUAUUACGGAGAUCUUGCAUAGAGAUCCUUGCAGCAGAGCCUUCCAGUAUCUGUGCCGGAGAAUCGUUCCAGGUUGUCGUGAGGGGUAAUGGGUUUCUCCAUGCCAGGAAUGUGGAUAAAGUUCUUUGCAGCUUCAGGAUUAACGACACUCUCACCAGGAUGGUGAAGCCACUGGUAGUUGAGGAUACAUAUCUGCUAUGUCCUGCACCUGUACUUCGAGAAGAAGGAACGGCGGCUUCCCUUUACGUGAGCAUGAACGAAGGCCUUAGUUUCAUUUCCAGCUCUGUAACCAUCACCACUGUGGGUUGUUCUGAUGGCACGAUCCUGGCCAUAGCUCUGCUCAUACUGAUGAUCCUGUUGGUGUUGGCUCUUCUGUGGUGGUUCUGGCCCCUGUGCUGCACAGUGAUCAUCCAUGAGCCCCCGCCACCUCCAAUAGAGGAAAGCUCGGACGAGGAGGAAGACGGCGCCCCUAAGAAGAAGUGGCCUACAGUAGACGCCUCCUACUAUGGAGGACGAGGGGUUGGAGGGAUCAAAAGGAUGGAGGUGCGCUGGGGUGAAAAGGGGUCGACUGAAGAGGGCGCCAAGCUGGAGAAAGCGAAGAACGCCAGGGUAAAGAUGCCUGAGCAAGAGUUUGAAGUAUCACCAUCCAGGAUCCUGAAUAACGGCAUGCGCAAACCCCCUGGCCCUCGCAAGUGGUACUCGCCAAUUAAGGGUAAACUGGAUGCACUCUGGGUGCUUCUGAAGAAAGGCUAUGACAGGGUGUCCAUCAUGAGACCUCAGCCAGGAGACAAGGGUCGUUGUAUGAACUUCACCCGCAUCAAGUCCAGCACUCCACCUCGUUACCCCAACUACAACCACUCCACCCCCAUCUACACACCCCAGAACGGCUGCAGCCCUCCUCCACCCCAGGGCCAACUACCCCCUCCACCCCGCGCUCCUCCAUCAUCCCCACCUCCUCUUUCCAUCACUCCACCCCCACCCAUCACUCCUCCUCCCUCAUAUUCUCCACCCCCAGCCUGGUCUCCGCCCACCUCGCCUCUUUUCUUUGCUCCGCCCUCACCCACAGGCUCUUUGCCCCCUCCCCCUCAGGCCCCACCUCCAUGCAGAGCUCCACCCCCUGAUCGCCCACCACCACGCCCCUCUUUCUAGGAACAGCGCUCUGAUUGGAGAGCGAGGAACGAAGAGGAGGGGGGGGUGAAAACCUCUCCUAGGAGACUCAGGAAAGCAGAAACCUGAGGGCAGGAAGUUAGCAGGAGACUCCACUUCCCAUAUCCUCCUUCUCUUGUUUGCAGAACCACAACAGGGCUGUCUAACUGUGUGGCCUUUCACAGCCAAAUAAAACGCUAAAUUGCAUAGACCCACCAGGGGGAUCAAAGCUUCCGCUGUCUUGAAAAAUGCAAGGAAAUCGAGUACAAGCCUCUUUCAACCUCUAAAACUGUACAAACUGUACUCAGCACGGACUAAAGCAACAUUACAGACGACACUGAACACACCAGUCAAGCCUUCACAGCUUCAAGCUUAACAGCGAACUCUCAGAAACGGACCAUUACCACUCUCCCACCAGCGACCUAAUGGAUAUUGCUUUGAAGCCACUUGCUUGGAACCUUGCAUUUGCUUGAGAACAUUGUGAUAUACUGAGAUAAUGGUGGUUGCAGGGAAGUACACUGAUCUAAGGAUGAGCACAUGGAUAUUUACCAAAUGCUGACUUCUUAAAUCAUCCAAAUUUGACCAAAAAUAAAAUCCAAAGGAAGGGCCACAAAAAAUGACCCAUUUAAGAUAUGUAUAGAAUGGGCAGAGUUGCAAUAUGCGCACAUAUUUUCUUUCUUCUGAAUUUACCAACACUUGCACCAAACUGUGCAUUUCUGAACGUUCGGUGAGGAAUUAUUCCAAGUUUGUGCCAAUGACGUAAACGUAGUGGAUGAUGUCAGAGUGUUGUACUUUGAGAUUUUUGGCCUUAGGGUUACUUUGGUAAAGUAAAUGUGUAAAGCAGCAUCUACAGGAAUCUUACCAAAGGAAAUACUUACUUUUUUAAUGCUGUGUUUACAUGUUGGUAUUUUCUUAUGAUCUGCAGCAUUCAAUGUUAUUCUGUGCCCCACAGCAAUGGGAAAUUACAUCUUGUCAUGGUAGUAGGAUAAGCUUAUGGGGUGUCAUAUCCCACCCAGCACUAUGUUGUUAAAAAGAAGUUGAAAAAGCAUAAGUUUGGGUAAAAAUAGAGAUGGAAAAGAUUAAUUUACCAACUAUGUACCAACUUUUAAGAGACUAAUUGCACAUUACUGAAGCCAUGGCCUGAGGCCUGGUAAGGUUAAUGUGGCAUCUAGCUCCACUCACGAUUGGUAAAAGGCCCAGAAACACUGAUUGCACAUCACUAGAUGAAAGUGAAAGAAAAAAAAGCAUCUUUUUCAAGAUGUUUAUGUUCGAACUUUUAUUUUUAACGACGUGAAAAAGACACAUUUUCAACUUUCACUUUCAACUUAAUCUACACAUAUAAAAUAAAUCCUAAUAUAAAUGUCUUUUCACCAGUCAACCAAAAUUGAAUACACUAGUUUCAACAAACACCAAUGAGCUUUUUUUUUUUCAAUGUGCUUUUAAACGAUAUAGUGCUGGCUGGGUAUGUACUGUGUGUUCUGAAUACACUUGAAUGUUCUGAGUACACAUUUCCAUGGAAGUUCAGCUCGGACAUUAGCUAUAAGCAUUUACAUAGACACUGCCUGGCCAAAAAAAGCCACCAAAAAGGUCAAACACUCUAGUAUUUCAUAGUUCCAAAAAGCUUCUGCAAUGUCACAAGAUUUAUAUUAAUCCUGUGUUGCAUUCAUUUUUCACCAAGAUCUUUCAGCAUUGAUGAUGGUAGAGUCUGACCACUGCACAAAGUCUUCUGAAGCACAUCCCAAAGAUUCUCAAUGAGGUUAAGAUCUGGACUCUGUGGUGAACAAUCCAUGUGUGAAAAUGAUGAUCUCAUGCUCCCUGAAUCACUCUUUCACAAUUCCAGCCCUAUGAAUCCUGACAUUGUAAUAUUGUAAUAUUCCUGUGUCACCAGGGAAUAAAAAAUCCAUUGAUGGAAUAACCGGGUCUAUAUUCAGUAUAUUCAGGUAAUCAGCUGACCUCAUUCUUUCAGCACAUACUGUUGCUGAACCUAGACCUGACCAACUGCAGCAAUCCCAGAUCAUUUACUUAUUUAAAUCCAGGUGGAAACUUUUUUUUUUGGCAAGGCAGUGUACAUGCGAACAACAACUUUAUACCACACUCGUAAAAAAUAAAGGUGUUACAAAGGUUACAAUUAAAGAAAUUAAGGGAAUCAUUUUUGGUUCCCUAAACAAACAUUGUUGUAAAAGUGGGUUUGAAGAAAUGGUUUUGAAGAGUAGAUGUAAUGGUUCAUUAUCAAUGUAAAUGUUCUUCACUCUCCAAUCUCUAAUUGAACCAAAAAUGGUUCUUCUAUGGCAUUAUUUAAACAACCCUUUGUAGCACUUUUCCAAUAAAUACACAAAUUUCAGUACUGCUGCAGGCAAAAGUCAGAAAAAAUUAUGGUAAAUGGUAUAUGGCUGACCGAUAUAGUACUACUCCAAUGAAAAAUAUGGAAUUUACAUUUGCCGACUGCAUGGAACUUCAAUUUCAAACGUGGAAGGCCAGUGUCUAGCACGUAAAAAAAAAUUACCAACCUGUGCUGAACACCAAACCUCUAGGACCAGAACUGAGGAUCCCUGGUCUACCAACCCACAGUGCAGUGUGAACACAGCCUUAGUCAGUUGUGCUGGUGCAAUAGUGCUCUCUUUAAUCACUGAACUGACUGUGCCUGUUAGAGAAAAUGGGGAAAUUGAGAGCUGUGGUCCCUUUACACAUGCACUUUUACCCAGGAAUGUAAUGGUGUCUCAACAGAAGGGAAAUAGUGUGAAUACAGUGUUGGUACACACUUCCUGGGAUGUUACCAGGAGGCUCAUGUUUAAUCAGAAGCCAAUACAUGACUAUGAAAGACAGUGACGUCUAGAUCACAGCCAACAAACAUUGGAAGAGUGUUUAGCACACAUGUUUAAUGAAGGAGCUGUUCAUGUUAUGUCCCAGCAAAUAACAUUUACGGUCUUAAUGUGUGUAAGACCAAACAUUUCCAGUUAAGAGAUCCCACUAAUAUCCCAAGUUUUAAGUGGGAGAGGGGGUUUCAAAAGCUGGUCAGACCUGAAAAGGUAACCAUGCACAGGUUCCUUGAGCUAUCAAUGCAAAGAUAUACUUAACACCUGACAUUGCACAAUCCAUAUUUGUAAAGGUGUACAUUUACCUAUGUUUUGCAUACUUUUAUACAUGUAUUAUGUAUAAAUAUAAGUAUCUCUUUCCUUUUUUGAUUUGAUAUCAGAUAAGUGAUAUAUUUUUUUUGUUUUGUUUUGUUUUCUUAGCUGUCAGAUUGAGGUGUUUGGUUUUGGAGUGCAUUAAGCUAGAAGCUUGGUGGUGGAGCAGUAAGUUUCUAAUGGAAUUUACUUCCACGCUUGAGAUGUUCAGUAGAUUACAUUGAAACUGAGCAUUCAGAUUAUCUUCAUUAGUCUUGCAUACUGUUUCAUUAUGUCUUUAGGACACUAGGGGUGUAGAAGUACACAAAAUUCAUGAUUCAGAUCAGGGUUUUGACAUCACAGUUCGCAUCCAGUUCGCAUCAAGUUCGAUACAGUAAAGUAAAAAUCUCUCUCCACAGGCAUAAAAGGCAUAAAAAUAACCUAGAUUUAGAUACAGUCAUAGCAUGUUCAAUGUUGUUCUGCACACACACUAUAGAUCUGUCCAUCAACUCAGGCUCAUUUAUCUUAUCCAUCAUGAUUUUAGAAUUUGAAAUAAAAUGUAAAAAAGCAAUUGGAACACUGAGUGAUUAAGAAUUAACCUCCACAUUUUAUAUUUCUCUUUGCUAUUUGGGGUAGUUGGCACCUGACUACUGUAAAAACAAAAAAUAAUCUUUUUUUUACAUGAUGUAGUUUCUUAGAAAAAUUAUGUCCACACAUUAUUUCAAUAGAACACAACAAAGUCGUAAUCAGUAAUGAUGUGCAGCAGCAUUUUUUUUCUGAGUGCAAAACAAAAGUAGAAAUAACAAUUGUGCCCCUCUUAUUUAAAGUGCUGCUUCAACACGAAAAAAUUACAAAGGAAAAAACAUUUACUAAACGUUUACUAUAUUUACUGUUCAUUUAAAUUUCUGAAUAAAUUCGAAACUGUAACAUGUUAAACUCUUCUGUCACCACUUGGUGACAGUAUAAUAGCCUGAUAAGAGGACACCAGGCCCUUGUCGAGCUAAAUUUUGUUUUGUGGUCUAGACAACACAAAAUGUAACGUCCACAUGUGGAUGCCAGGUCCUUAAAAAGAUUAACAAAUAUGAGGAACUAAAGAAAAUAGAAAGUCAACAAAAGCCCCACAGUGCGAUUCAAAUACAUAGUUUGUACUACGUUCCAUUUUUCUCAGAAGUUAAAUGCUGGAGCUGGGACUCACAUUACAUCAAAAUUGACAGCAUUCCACUUAAAGGAGAAAUCUGGUAUGAAACGGACCCAACAGACUUACAAUGCAAGCAAUGGGGGCAUAGAGCUUUCCAUGCAAAGUAAUUGCUAUUUUUACACCAUUAACAAGCUCAAAGUAGCUCCAUCUUUCAUUGGUAGAAUUCUGAGCGCCCUAAUAUUUGAAAUGAGGCACUGAGAGCUUUGAAAGUGCACACAUAGUUUAUUAUUAAAAACACUGUUUAUGCACACAUCUAAAAAUAGGGGAGCAGAUUGCAAAAUUAAUUCUGUGGAAAUGCACAAAUAUUAUAGAUAUAUUUUCUGUAACAGCUAGAAUUCAUGCAUUUCCACUAAAUUAAUUUUGCAAUCUGUUCCCCUGUCCCACCUAUUUGUUUAAGUUGUACCUGUUUCACCCCAAGUCCAUUUCUCCUUUAAACAUUCCAAGAAUUGAACACUGUUUAAAACACUUCACUUAAUCAAACCAAAAUAGGUACACAUAAUACACAAAAUGAUACACAAAGAGUUGGAAGUGUUUAUAAAAGUUUUUAACUUGGAACUCAGAAAUUCUGACAUCUGAGUUUAAAUGGAAUGCAGUAUUACUUGCAAUCAUAUUACAGCAUUAAGGCUCCUGAAAGGAACUCUCACUUGUAAAAUUUGGUUCUGCGUUACAUUCAUUGACCUCAUUCACAAUGUGGACACUUCAUCUAUAGCUUUUCACGUAUCGUACGACUCAAUACAACUGUGUGCACAAAACCAUUACGAUCUGGUACAAAUACGUGUACUGUUACACCCCUAGAGAACACUGACCUAGAAUAUCUGCAAGAGACGAUUAUGAGUAGCUGUUUGCUUGCCAACAAAAACGUGUUCUGGCCAAGGACUAAUAAAAUUGCCAGAAGUGCGUGUUUGUUUGUUUUUUAUGUACCUGUUGUAUAUAAAUCACUUCACAGUUUGACAUAAUGUGUAAUAAUCCUUUGUUCUUGUGUUUUUUUUAGCGUUUUCAGCAUAUUCAACUCCUAAGUUAUUAUGUGCCAAGACAGCAUCUGUAUGACAUGUACUGCCUGUUCUUCAUGCUAAAUCAGCAGUUUUCCAUGCUGGCAGAUUGAAAGGAAUCUUAGACAAAUCACUGUCUCAACCGGAUUAGGACAGCAGGCAUCUUUUGGCUACUUUGCUUUUUACUUGUGUUUUGCAUCACUCACUAAAAUAUUGGUAAAUAAGAACAGGAGUUUGUCUAUUUCUUUUUCAAUGUAUGUGUAUGUGUAAAUUUCAUCUAUGUGUAAAUCUGUAGUGCUUAUACAGUAUACACUAUGGAAACAUAGGGCAUGACUAGACUAGACUAUCAAUGUCUGGGAAACUGAGCCUUAAUUUGCUAAUGUUUGUGGACACAACAGAUACACAGUAAAGAUACACACAGUUUUUCUAGUCACUGUAGAGAAAAACAUAUUGCCAAUAAAGAAACCCUUCACCCCUAA